AUGUUCAAUGAUGAUGAAAGAUUAGUGGACUAUCUGCUCCGCAAAGGAGCUGAUAUGCAUUUAAAAAGUGAAUGCUGGUGUACAGUUUUUACUGCUGCUGUUUUAGUGAAUAAGCUGCCAAUACUUCAAAGUUUAAUAAGCUUUGGAGCAGACGUUAAUCACCAAAUUGAUUUCUGUGAAUUCAGCCGUUUCAGGCGUGCAACUAUACAAUAUUAUAAAGAAAUUCUUCGCUGGCUUUUCAUGAAACCCAAUAUCGAUUUGGAUGAGAUGUUUAAAUUUACUACUUCAGCUACUCUACCAUUAUAUAUCGCUAUUGAAGGAAGUAAUGUAGAAAUGGUAGAGCUACUUUUAAAAAAUAAUACUGAUCCGAAUCCUGAUGCUGGUUUUUAUGGACCACCACUAAUCCAUGCUGCUGUUAGAAGAAGUUUACCAAUUAUAAAACUUCUUCUAGCCUACGGUUCAAAUGCUAAUAGUGUAAGGAUACCUUAUGGAGAAAGUCCUCUACAUCUUGUUGUCAAAAAUGAAGACUCGGAAGCAGUAAGAACGUUCUUAAAUCAUGAUAUGAUUGAUAUAAAUAUAGUGUCAGACUAUAAAAAUUCAGCACUUCAUUACGCAAUUAUUUAUACGACUAACAUUAAUAUCAUAAAGCAACUUCUUAAUGCUGGUAUUGAUGUUAAUUUAAUAAACCAUCUUGGUAAAACAGCAUUUACUACUGCGAGACUAGCUAACGUACUAGAUAACGUGUCUUCUGAUCCAAAAAAAGUUACUGAUACAAUUACGGAACAUAUUGUGAAAUCUUUAAGUUUAAAAUAUGUGAGUGAUAGUACUAUUUUAAGAUUUGACGUUGAAUCUAUUUUUCCACUAUAUGGUGGAAUAAUGACUUACCGCUUAAAAAAAGCAUUGAGAAGAAAAGAAUUAUUAUUUAAUGCAAUGGAUUUAACUAAUGAUAUUUUACAAGAACUGAAACUCCCAAAUGAUUAUAUCUGA